UCCGGUAGAGAAUUGCACGACGAAGAAUAGUGCUUACACAGUGAAAAAUACUCUGUCCAGAAAACUUUGAUAUAGUAAUACAGCAUGGUUGUACGGACAUAUCAAGAAGAGCUUGGGUAUUUGGAGAAGAUAGGUGGUAAUGCAUGGCGCAUAAAGAAAGGCUUUGUUCCCAACAUGAACGUUGAAGGAAUCUUUUAUGCAAAUGAUUCCUUAGAAAAACUUAUGUUUGAUGAAUUGAAGCAGUCCUGCCGUUCACAAGGUUAUGGAGGAUUUCUUCCUGGGAUGAAACAAAUUGGCAAUGUUGCAGCUCUGCCUGGAAUUAUUGGGAAAUCUAUUGGUCUUCCUGAUGUACACUCCGGAUAUGGAUUUGCCAUAGGUAAUAUGGCAGCAUUUGAUAUGGGAAAUCCUGAAGCAGUUGUCUCCCCUGGAGGUGUGGGUUUUGACAUCAAUUGUGGGGUUCGACUUCUAAGAACAAAUCUGAUGGAGAAAGAUGUCCAACCUGUCAAAGAACAGCUUGCUCAGUGUAUCUUUGACCACAUACCAGUGGGUGUUGGCUCUAAAGGCAUCAUUCCAAUGACAGCACAGAACUUAGAGGAAGCCUUAGAAAUGGGAAUGGACUGGUCAUUAAGAGAAGGCUAUGCUUGGGCUGAAGACAAAGAACACUGUGAGGAGUAUGGACGUAUGUUACAAGCAGACCCCAACAAAGUCAGUGCUCGAGCCAAGAAAAGAGGUCUGCCUCAGCUUGGAACUCUUGGAGCUGGGAAUCAUUAUGCUGAAAUACAAGUGGUAGAUGAAAUUUACAAUGAAGUCGCAGCCAGGAAAAUGGGCAUCGAAUGCAAAGGUCAAGUCUGUAUGAUGAUCCAUUGUGGAAGUCGAGGACUUGGGCAUCAGGUAGCCACAGACGCACUUGUUGCCAUGGAGAAAGCAAUGAAACGAGACAAGAUCGACGUGAAUGAUCGGCAGUUAGCCUGUGCUAGGAUAAACUCUGUAGAAGGACAAGAUUAUCUCAAAGGCAUGGCAGGGGCUGCUAACUAUGCAUGGGUCAAUCGUUCCAGUAUGACAUUCCUCUCACGACAGGCUUUCUCUAAAAUGUUUAACAGCUCUCCAGAUGAUCUUGACAUGCAUGUGAUUUAUGAUGUGUCACACAACAUUGCAAAGGUGGAGGAACACUUUGUGGAGGGUAAACAAAGAACAUUACUAGUACACAGGAAGGGUUCAACACGUGCCUUCCCACCUCACCAUCCACUUAUACCUGUUGACUACCAGCUGACAGGCCAGCCAGUGCUAAUUGGAGGUACAAUGGGGACUUGUAGUUAUGUAUUGACAGGAACAGAGCAAGGCAUGGGGGAAACAUUUGGAACCACUUGUCAUGGUGCAGGUCGUGCUUUAUCUCGAGCAAAAUCUCGACGUAAUCUGGAUUACACAGAUGUCCUGAAUGCACUUGAGGAAAAGGGGAUAAGCAUCCGAGUGGCUUCCCCAAAACUUGUCAUGGAAGAGGCACCAGAGUCGUACAAAAAUGUCACGGAUGUAGUUGAUACAUGUCAUAGAGCAGGCAUCAGUCAGAAGUGUAUAAAACUCCGACCCAUAGCUGUGAUUAAAGGUUGAGCUCUUUUCAUGGUGACUGAAAUAAAACCUGACAACAGACAAAUGAUACAACAAAACUCUACAUAUUGCCUGACCUGUCACUUCCCUACUGAAGCUCAAGUUCAUUGGUUGUGUCUAGACUCAGCAUAUGACUCACAGGCCACUCCCUACUGAAAGCACUAGUUAUGUCUAGCUUUUAUGCUCAAUGCUGAUUCGGAAUACAAAGUUGUAUUUUGCAGCAGAUGUUGUGUACUUGACAUACAAUAACAGUGUAUCAUUGAUAUAUACUGUUCAUGGAUUCCAUAUUGAUUUGUUUGAACUGAAAAUAGUGCUUUGUUUCAAGCAUUUACAUGAUGACAUAAACUCUUUAUCUACAAAGCAUACAUAUUUCAGUGUGCAGUGAGAAGUGAUGCAAGCUUACCAGCUUCCUUGUUCAGUGAAAGGUGAUUGGGGAAAGUUUGUGGAAUUUAUCAGCUGUAGUCUUACACUAGCUUGUGUUAUGAACUGAAUUAGUUCAAAACUAAUUAUCCCAUUUUACUCAUCAAACUAAUUACUUAUUUUCCUAUUUAUUUCAAUGUGGUAUACAUCAUAAAUUUGAUGUUACAUAUGACACUAAAUGUCAGCAUAUAGUGUUUAUUAUGGUAAACAGUAUAAAUUUGUUGUUACAAAUGACACUAACAUUUUUAAUGUUUAAUUACUGUUUGUUGAUAGACAGCAUAUUAUAAAUUAUUUCAUUUCCAUACAUAUGUGUCAUUUAAAUGGAAAUACUUAAGUAGUUCAAGUCUUUAUUUUCAAUUAGUGUAGUCAUGUAUUUAAAGUUAUUCAACAUGAUACCAUCCUUCAACUUGUUCAACUGUCCUUAUACAUUCUAAAAAAGAACCUGAAAAAAAGGAAACCAAAUACAUGUAGAUCGUAUAUAACUGUUUUAGUUUUUGAUCAGUCAAUAUCAGUCAUCAUUUAUUUAAAAAAGGAUUUUGAUCCAUGGUGAAUUUAUGAACGUGUAACAACACUUUUUAAGCACAGAUCACCUUAGUCUGUUAAUUAGUCGUGACUCUCCUAUCUGACUAAUCUUGAAUGGCUUGGUGAUAAUAUGAUUUUAUUUUACUGGCAUAUUUGGUGCUUUAAGAUGCUACUUUAACUUAUUAUGUACCUGCUAGAUAUAUCAUCAUGUUGGUACCAUUUGGUAUGAGAAGAGAAAUAAAAAAAAAAAAAUCAAAGGGACAUAAUUCAAUACUUGUUAUGUAUGUACCUGUCUUUCUGUAUUGGGUUAUUAAUCUAUCUAUCUGCUAUCCAGAUUGUUUUGUUUCUACUGGGUCAUACCACUGAGUGAGAUAUAUUUGAUUGAUACCUGCCAUGUAUUUACUACAUUUGUCCCCGAAUUUUGUUGAAUUGGAAAAAAUAUUUGCAAACAUUGUCAAGGCUUUCAACAUUACAUAUUAUUAUUCAAUCUUUUCCAUUUUGAUGAAUAAUCAUCCACCAACUGUUGAAAAUAACACUAUUACUCCAAAUUUUUUAUCAGAAUUAUGAUUAUUUAAUUUAAAAUUAAGACAGAUAAACAUGUUUCUGCAUUUAUAUGUAAAUCCUUGUGGAGAAUUAUGCUUUGUAGAGUAUGUAAAGUAACGAUUAUAGAGAGCAAAACUCAUAUAGAUAUAAAAAUUCCAAUAACUUAAUAGUCUGUAUACUUCUCUUAUGUAAAACAAGGGUCACUGCUGCAGGUUUUUACAUAAUGCAUCAUUUAUUGCUGCAAUGUUGUGGUAAGAGAUGUACUGUAUAUCAAUAGUUAUAUGAAUUGUAAUAAUCAGGAGAAUAUCCCUAUUUAAAAAAAAUGUGAAAAUGGCAUAUUUGAGAGUAGGAAGAUGACCAAAGUAUCCAUAUCAUACGAUGACCUAAAGACCAUAUCUUCCAAAAAACAAUGCAAAAUUAGUAAAAUGUUCAAAUUUUUUGACAGGUUAUGUCUCUGUGAUCAUUUUCAUAGUUUAACGAAAUGGAGAUAUUUUAAAAUGUCUACACAGUAUGAAUAAAAAUAGAAGAAUUAUUCAGAAAAGAAUCCCAAAGAUAACUGCCUGAAACAUUUCACGAAAUAACCCAUAUUCCUCAUUGAUAAGAAUAAGUAACACCAGGAUGUGUAUAUCACAAUCUUACUCGAGGUGUUUAGGUCAUCUAACCUGAAGGCCCGGGGUGACUUGUAACAUCGUGUUUCAGCGCGCCGACGCCACGCCGUUCAUAAACUUUCUAUUCAGAUGAUUUCUUCUCAGUAACCAAAACACCCAGGAUGCUGAUUUUGGGCAUGAAGCAUGAUAGGAUGAAGGGCUACUAAGUUUGUUGAUAUGAAUGACAUUGGCUUACUUCUGAAAUGUUUAACAACUUCUUCUAAAUCACCCAGAGGUCUAUGGAGCUGAUAUUGUGCUGUAGUAUACUGGUAUUAAGGGGUACCAAGUUUGUUCAUAUAAUUUAAUCUGACCCACUUUCAAGGUCACAGAUGUCAGAUUUGCCAAAAUCUUCAAACGACUUCUUAUCAAUAACCACAAUACCAAGGGUGCUGAUAUUUGGCCUUUUUUAUAUAGGGCCACCAAGUUAUUGAAUAUUUAUGACCUUUGCCAACUUUCAAGGUCUCAAGGGACAGAUGUGUAAAAAUCUUAAAACGACUUCUCAAUAAUCAACAAAAAAUCACAUGGUGCUAAUAUUCUGUCGGUUGGGUGGUGGGAUGAUGGGCUACCGAGUUUAUGUAAAUGAAUGACCUUGACCCAUUUUCGAGGUCACAGGGAACAAAUGUGUAAAACAACUUUUAAGUGCUUCUCAAUUACCAAAAAGGUCUAGACUGUUGAUUUUGAUUCUUUGAUUAAAGAAGAUGAAGGGCUACCGAUCUGUUCAAAUAAUGGAAAUGGCAUUUGUGUAGUAGCAUGUAUAAAGAAUAUGAUUUUAAGUUUUCAGAUAAUGUUUUUAUGACCUAAGAUUGCCUUCAUUGGCCUAUUUGGUUUCUUUCCUAUAUUGGUCUGUAUAGUCAGAUGAUCGUUAAGUCCCAUGAGCCUCUUGUUUUAGUUAUUUUUACCUCGGCACACAAAGCAUAUUUUCCUUUACGACGAUAUCAAAUCGUGCCAUAUUAAACAUCAGCUAAAUACUUCGCUUAUUGAUUUGAUGUUUAAUUCAUUAUCAUUUGUCACUAAAGAUUAUGAUCAUAAAGAAAACUUGUUCAUAAUCCGUAACACGGCAUACUAGAUCAAAAUCUUUGGGGUCUAGUAUGACAUGUGCUGUUUAUUUCAAUACAGUAAGCAUGUACAGGGAAGCAUUUCGUGUCCGUUAGCUGAUGACAUGUUUUGUUUUGAAUUGAUAUAAAAAUACAUCGUAGUUCAUGCGUGUAGCACUUAUUUUUGUAUCGUGUAGGAAAUUAUUACUAUGUUGCUUUAUGCAAAAAAUGUGUACAAAGUUUGUUCAGAGCUCGUCGAUUAUCAGUGGUUGUUAAUAUUUUACACUUAAUUACGUAGUUUAUCGCUUAGUUGAUCUAAUGGGUGCAAAGUACGAUAAUAAAUAAUUUUCUAACAUAACAA